GGGACCGCAACUCAACAUGGCCGCGUGGCUCAACUUUUUCCAGAUCGUCAACCCCACACUUACUUUCGCCAACAUUCUACAUCUACCGUUCUUCAUCAAGCAUUGUAUGAUAUGCAUUUUCAAUGCAGCGGAUAUCGAUCUGCAGAGUGGCAGUAUGCGCACGACUGCUUGUCAGGAGUUCGCCAUGUAUCACGAAUCGAUCAACACGCUAGAAGGGCUCCACGGCGAGAAUUCCCGCCCGCUGCGACGUAAUGGUCUUGACCAAGAAACCUUGAAGAAGCUGAAGAAGCUGAUUGACACACUUGAGUCGAUGGGGUCAAAAUCGCUCAAGGUCAAAGUUUUGCUGCUCCAGGAUCUACUCAAAAGUUUCCAGUAUAUUCUCCAGUUCAAGCAGCUUCAGCUGCCUGAGGAGUACCUUGUUCAUCCAAAGCUAGCCUCCGAAGAGCUUUAUUCUGGGGUGAGGUGGCAACAGUCCCCAGAUGGCGGGACUGCUGCGCACGGAGACCUCGAAUCUUUGACGUCUAACACCAAUGUUAAGCCCUUAUCGUCAACGUUUUGGACUCGCCUAUGGUUCUGCUUUGCGAAGGAUGGAAUCUCCGAAUUACUUAUGCUCAUCAACGAGCGUAAUAAGGACCUGAGUGAAAAGGCAAAAGGGAUUGAGCAGGUAUGGGAAAAGAAGCCGACACCACCACCGACAGAUUCACAAGGCGCAACGUCGCCUUCUAUAGGGGACAGUAGUGAAAGUACCCCGGGCUUGGACGGCGGGUUCGAAAUGCGGAAUUUUGGAUAA